UGAUUACCAUGAGGAGGAGUGGAGGUAGGAUGCUAAUCAUAGUUAAUAUUAUCUUAGUGUUUGCUGUCAUGCUUCAUGAUUUGUAUCGAAGAGUAAUUGAGAAAACAUUGAAAAAAAAACCACUAUAGUGAAUCUAAGUAAUUUUUUUCCUCGAUCUGAUUAUAUUGUUAGUAAAUGAAGUAAAUGAUGUUGUGCCGAGGAGAGGAGUAUUAGGCUAGUAGGUUAUGUGAAAGAAAAGGGAGAAAGAAAUUCUGCGUAGCUCCCAAAGCUAAGCAAGAAAAGAGGAGUUUCUUAAAACCAGUCCCUCAGAAUGAAAGAUAACAACAGCACUGUGCUCACUUUAAUGAUAUGUUUAAAGUGGUUGUUAGCUUUUCUUUCGUAAUACUUGCUCAACCAAACAUUAAGGAAAGGAACCAAUAAAACGAUAUGGGUUUAGCGACCAUUGAACAAGACAUCACAUGUUUAUUGUUCUGAAGAAUGUUGGCAGACCAAACUGUUUCCGCAGGUGUCCUGGGAGUUCUAAAGCACUUACAUUAUAUUCAAUAGAAUGGGUUCAAGAAUCAAAACAGAACAUGGUCUCUACAAACCAAGCAACAAGGAGUAUGUUUAAGGAGGACGUUUCCCAGAGGCCCCGGUAAAGCAUAUCUUGUCCAUUUCCCUGUGUAGUGGUCCCCUCUGGCAGAGGAUUGCUUUCGACUUGCAGACACUUUCACUGCUCAAUGGCAUAACCAAACACUGGGUGAGAGAGUACAGACACUAGCCCACAGGAGAAAAUCAUCCCUUUCUUACAGCACACUCCCUCUCCCCCAAAAUCCUCCCCUGUCUCCCAGGCCUUUUAUCCCUCUCAGAGAGCCCCUCCCUGGGGUCAUGCCUAUCCUACUCAAUGCCGACGCCUCCUUCAGCUCCAAGCAGGAGCUGCUGGACCUCCAGGACAGCCCCAUGGGCCCCUCCCUAGAGACACCCAGCCCUGUGGACUCUCAGAAGGACAGCCCCAUGGGCCCCUCCCUAGAGACACCCAGCCCUGUGGACUCUCAGAAGGACAGCCCAGUGGGUUCAGGCCCCGGCAGCCACAUCAUCCUCACCAGGGCUGCUACCCCACUGCCUGGACAGCUUUACAUGGGCGAAGCGCCCGCGGAGACCCCACUGGGCCUCACAUUCAUCCCCACAGACUCAGCAGGGAUGUGUGGCUGGGGGGCUCUGACACCCCGAGUCAUCCAGACCUUCAACACCCCUCGCUGGGUACUGUUCUUCCUGUGUGUGGCCUCCUUCCUCCAGGGCAUGAUCAUCAACGGCUUCAUCAACACCGUGGUGACCUCAAUAGAGAGGCGCUUUGACCUGCGCAGCUACCAGACCGGGCUCAUCGCCAGCUCUUACGACAUCGCUGCCUGUGUGUGCCUGGCCUUCGUCAGUUACUUUGGUGGGACGGGGCACAAGCCUCGCUGGCUGGGCAGUGGGGUGCUGGUCAUGGCGCUAGGAUCUCUUGUGUUCGCCCUGCCUCACUUCACCACUCCCCCGUACCAGGUAAGCAUGCCCGAGCGGACAGGGGUGUGCACGGGGAACCGUACCAGCCCGUGCCAUGAGAGGGAGGGCGGGGGCCUGUCCAGCUACCGCUUUGUCUUCAUGCUGGGCCAGUUCUUGCAUGGGGUGGGAGCCACGCCCCUCUACACUCUGGGCGUCACCUACCUGGACGAGAACGUCAAGUCCAGUUACGCUCCGGUGUACAUCGGGAUCUUCUAUACAGCAGCCAUCGUGGGUCCAGCAGCAGGGUACCUUCUAGGAGGAUACUUCCUCAACAUCUACACAGAGAUCCACAUGAUGACGGAGCUGACUCCAGAGAACCCUCUGUGGGUGGGGGCCUGGUGGAUUGGCUUCCUGGCAGGAGGCGCAGCAGCGCUGGUCGUCGCCCUGCCCAUCCUGGGUUACCCACGCCAACUACCAGGCUCUCAGAAGUAUGUGGCCAUGCGUGUAUCUGAGGCCCACCAGCUGAAAGAUGGCAGUCAGGCCAGUGCAUCAGACCCUCAGUUUGGGAAGUCAGUGAAAGACAUGCCUAGGUCAGUGUUGCUCCUGCUGAAGAACCCUCCCUUCCUCUUCCUGUGUCUGGCGGGGGCCACAGAGGCCACCCUCAUCGCUGGCAUGUCCACCUUCGGCCCCAAGUUCCUGGAGUCUCAGUUCAGCCUGAGUGCGUCUGAGGCAGCUACCUGGUUUGGCUACAUGGUGGUACCCGCGGGUGGAGGGGGCACUUUCCUGGGCGGCUACAUUGUGAAGAAGCUGAACCUCCGUUGCCGUGGCAUCGUUAGGUUCUGCAUGGUGUGUGCCGUCAUCAGUCUUCUUGCCAUCUUCAUCUUCCUCAUCCACUGUCCCAACGUCCCCAUGGCCGGGGUGACUUCCCCCUACCGCACCAACCUGCCACCGGGUCAUCAGUACAAUGAACAGUAUGAGCCAGCCCACAACCUCCGCAACAGCUCUUGGUUGGGGGACAACCUGAUGGUGAGAUGUAAUGCAGACUGUCACUGUUUACGAGAGCUCUAUAACCCAGUCUGUGGAGCCGACGGUGUGAUGUAUUACUCCCCUUGCCAUGCAGGCUGCAGCACAAUCAACCACACAGAGGUCUCCACAGGUAGACAGGUGUACUCGGGCUGCACCUGUGUGGUGGGGGGGAACGUCACGUCUGGGCAGGAGGGUCUGGCUCUGGAUGGGAAGUGCACCAGCUCCUGUAGUCACAUGCCAGCCUUCCUCACCUUCCUCUUCAUCGUCAUCUUCUUCACCUUCCUGUGUAGUAUCCCCGCCCUCACUGCUACCCUCAGGUGUGUCCCAGACAGCCAGAGGUCCUUUGGACUGGGUAUCCAGUGGAUCGUGGUGAGAAGUCUAGGUGGGAUCCCAGGCCCGAUAGCAUUUGGCUCUGUGAUCGACAUCUCAUGCCUGCUGUGGCAGGACCAGUGUGGAGAGCAGGGCUCCUGCUACCUCUACCAGAACUCUGCCAUGAGCCGCUACACCCUUAUCGCUGGCAUCAUCUACAAGGUUCUCGGCACGCUGUUCUUCCUGCUGGCCAGUGUUCUGUACAAGCCCCCUCCAGAGUCGCCCCAGAGCAGCUGUGAGAGCACCGACCACGGGGCUGGGGACAGCGGGGGAGAGACCGGGGACCUCUCCAUCAAGGACCUUCCGCCAAAAAUCAUCACCAAUGUACACGCCAGGUUAUGAUGACUUCAGACCCCACCCACAUCUCACCGCGCGCGUGUGUGUGUGUUGGUGUGUGUCGUGUCACUGCUUCCUCAAUCACUGCCAACCCGUGCCCGUCUCAUGGCCACUCCCAUCACACAGACACAUCACCCCAGGGCAAGGCAUGUCUGAUCCACCUACUGAGCCCAACUUCAUCCCAUGGGCUUGCCCUCCAUCGCCUCCCUGCCAGCCCACUGAACUUGGGGUUUGUGUGAUGUGAUGAGACUUAGACCAAGGUCACAGAUAGGGUCAAAGGUUAUUCUGAGAAGUAAGAAAGUCUCCUGAUGGCUUUUGGGAUUUAAACCACUGAAAAGACCCACUUUAAGGGAUCUAGUAAAUCUGGAUCAAGGAAACGUUACAGAUUGCACGAUAGAAAUGAAAAGGUCAUUUCUGAUUGAGACGACAUAUUGCAGAGUUUACCGUGAAUGCAGUCCCCGCUAACACGGGAACAUUGCCUUUAAAUUUCAAUCACGCUGUAACAAUAAACUUCUAUGAUACAGAUUGAAAAGAAGCCUUAAAUGAGUAUGGUAUGGGACAUGGGACAGUAUCUAUAGUAUGAGACAGUAUUUAUAGUAUUGGACAGUAUCUAUAGUAUGGGACAUGGGACAGUA